AUGUUGAAUCUCUUGCCGAAGCGGAAUCCAGCCGUUUCGCUGCUGUACGGCAAGACCGGCAUCCAGCGCAUCCGCGUAGGCAAAGAUCGCAAGGUGGUCGAAAUAGAUCGUUCCGCGAUUGACGAGAUGUACAAGCACGCUCGCGAUGACGUCGAGUUGCACAACGACUAUGUGCCUAUGAAGCAUCGCAACUACAUGGAGUACAAGCUGGAUGGCUAUCACUUGAUAGAGGCAUACGAGAACCCGGACAAGUGCCAUCGCACACCUCUCGCCGGUGCCAAGCUUUUCGACAAAUUGCGCGACACCUACACGGGAAAGCUUCAGCAAACUUGCGCCAAGGUUAUCAAGGAAGUUUCUGAGCCGUUUUUCAGCUACCCUAUUCAGGGGCGUAACAUAAAGAGCUAA